AUGCAGAGAGAUACAUUCGCACGCAGGCGUCCGGUUAACCCACCCAGGACGAGACCACUACGGGCUCUUGCUACGGCUACGGCUACGGCUAUGGCUGCGACGGCGGCUGCGACUACGGCUGCGACUGCGGCUGGAGCUGCGGCUGCGACUUCGACUGCUAAAGCUCCGCGCUCGCUGGCGCGACUGCGGGACCGGCUACGGCGGCGCGGCGGCGACCGCGAGCGAGACCGAGAGGGGCGACGGCCGCGGGGCACGAACGGCGACGGCCGGCGGCGGUCGUUCUGGAAGCGGGGAUUGCCGCGGGGCGGGCUUCUGCAGGUUCACGACCAGUGUGAGUCCAGCACCACGUGCGGGUUGGAAGGUACCGUCUGCGAAAGGGCGAAGGACCCCGGCGACCGCCAUUCGGCGGAGAGCGGCUCCUAUCAGUGGCGCAUGAGUUUCAUGAUGUAA